GCGCGAUUGGCUGCGCGCACACACUAUAUGCGUGGGUCGCUCUGCAGUUCUGCUUUCUUCAGCACAGCUGAUUGUGAUUGACAGGAUUACACCAGACUGUCUCAAAGCUGAUCCAGUCCUCCAAGUCAUCUCACAGGUGUCAUCUUUUCACUGAGUCCUGAGAAAAAUGUCCAGCCCGGAGAGCCCCGGCGGUGCAGAGGUCAGUGCUCACUGCCAGCUUUCCUCGUCGGUCGAGAGCAACGGCUACACGGAGCAUGAAGCAGACCCUGGACUCCUGCUCUCGGUCACAGGGUCCUCACUGCUGGCUCGACGUCUCCUGCGUUUACGGACCUGCAGAAGCCAUGUAGGCCCCGUUACGCGCCGCAAGAGGGAAAUGAUCCCCGCCGACAUGAAAGAUUCCACCUACUGGGAUAAGCGACGCAAGAACAACGAGGCAGCAAAGCGGUCCCGGGAGAAACGGAGGCUGAACGACCUGAUGCUGGAGGGUCAGCUGCUGGCUCUGAGUGAGGAGAACGCGCAGCUGCGGGCCCACGUGCUCAACCUGCGGUACCACAGCAGCUUGAGCGCAGAAAAGAGCAAAGCCGCCUCUCCUGGGGCAACAUCCACUCCCUCUGCUGUGGCUUCCACCUUUUCCUCAUCUAGACCUGCUCACACCCCUGCUCUCUUCCAGCCAGGACAUUGGGGGAGUAGGAGCACCCCCGCCUCUAUCCUGGGUCUGAGGGCCCAAGAAACAGCCAGCCAUCCAUUGGAGGCAAAUAUCUCUUGUUUUAGCUCACCUAAAGGUCCCGGUGGUUUUAACCCACUAAGUCCUCACAACUGUGGCGCACAGCAACGCAUCCUCCCUCUCCCCGGGGCCCGUGUCAUCUCUCCCCGAACAGCUCUGGAGGGCGGGAGGUCUGCAGAGGCAGAGAUGGAAGCCCAGCGACAAGUCUCCUCUAGCGAUGACAUCCCCAACUCCACCGACGGGUCCUCCCAUCCCGCCUCCUCGAUCCGUGCAUUUCUGCCCACACCUGAUACACUCCACCGCGCCUCACCCACUCUGGCAUACACACCUCAGAAUUGGCUGGCGCCCCAUCUGAGUCACUCGGCAGUGUGUAAUAAUCUUCUGCUGCCUUGGCGCUCCUCUUACCUGCCACCACCGGCCGUCUACCCUGGCCUGCCUCUCUACAUCCACGAGAGACGGGGCCAGGGUCUCGUAGCGGAGGCGGACAUUCAGAGGGGGGUCAGGAGCCGGUUCAGCAGUGCUGCAGCGGGACUGUCCCACCUUGGGAUGCACUUCAGCCCUGAUGGACGCUGACGGGACAGUUUGGCUGUCAAGGCGAUUAAUGCAAGGAGAUUAAAAAAGUGUGUCUUGUUAAAGACAGAACUAUAUAUAAAUAGGAUGUUAGAUACGCUGUGAAUUUACUGUCUGACUUUCUGUUUCUAUGAGAAUGAAGCAGUGGUUAUAUUGCACACACGGACCAGUGCUGUCCACUAAACCUUAUAAACUGCCCUAUUAAUGUAGUUUACUUCCAUUUUGUAUUAAUUUUAUCAGUGUAAAGUAAUAAAUGUAAACUUGUUGAUUAAGAUACAGAAAAUACAUUCCUGCUCCUUUGUCGUGGAUCGGGAUAGGCUGCUAGUGACGUAAAUUACAUUACUGGUGGAUUUGAUUGUAGGAAGCUGGCUGUGUUGUCUGUGGACUUUAUUUUAACCGUUUAUCUGCGGUGAGAGAGACGGCGAAACUGGGUGCUUGUUGACUUGGUAUUUCCCUUUUAUCCCCACUGCGUGAUUUCCCAGCAGACUUUGAUUCAAUGGAAAAUCAAACGUUGAAAAGUUUUUUUGUGAGUAUACAGCUGUCAGACCUUCCUCCAUUGCAUCUGGUUAUGCUGUUCUUUAGUGCUGAACUUUUUAACUUGUUAAAGGCAGGGAUAUUAAACAAGAAUAAAAAUAAUAACUAAAUGUUUGUAUCUGCAUGGAUGGCCCUUAUACUGUUUGUAAUUUGAAAUAAAAACAUGCAUGAUGGGUAGGAUUUUCCACCCAUAAAAAUGUCAAGAGGUGUCAUUUCAUUGAGCAAAGGCUUGGGAAAUAAGGGACUAAUAUAUAUUAUUUUAAACAUUAGUAAUACCUAAAUGGCAUUUUAAAACAAUUUAAAUUAACUUAACUUAAGAAAGGCCACGGCUAUCCAAA